AUGUUAAUUUUUAUCCUUUUAGGCUUAACAUUUGGGAGCGAUAUUUGUGAUGUUUCUGUCGAUGGUGGCAUUUGUCUCUAUGAAGGUGAGUCUGUAAUAAAACCACCAGCAAAGCUAAGCUCUCUAACUGGAUAUUGGACCUUUGACGACAAUAAAGGCUUAGACUAUUCAGGGUACAAUAAUCAUGCAAAAUCUUCAGUACCUGCAGGACAUUCAUCAGGUGGCCGAGGAUCUAGCGCAAAAUUCUCUGGCUCUGAAUAUUUUGAGGUUCCAAGUGACGACUCUAUAAGCGCAAAAAUAUUUUCAAUUACAUUUUGGGUCUAUUUUGAAAAAGAUGAUACAUCAAAAUCUAAAGAAACCUGGUGUCCAAUAUUACAAAAAGGAGAUGAUGACAUUGAAAAUUUAAUAUACGAAAGAACACCAGGGAUUUUCUGGAAUCGAGAAACAAGAGCAUUAAAAGUUUAUGUCACGACUACUGAAUCAUCCGAUUUUCCUGAAGGAGAAUACGUAGAAUCUAACGCCAGACUUUUGCAUCAUAGGUGGAAUCACAUUGCAGUUGUAAGGACACAGUCAAAAAUUAAGCUCUAUGUUAAUGGAAUCCAAGACAAUUCAAACUCUACGUCAGGAUGGACUAAUCCAAAUGAGUCACCAUUAUAUAUUGGUGGGACACCAGCAACAAUAGAAAAAUGUUUGCUACAUUUAUUGGUAGACGAAACUAGAUAUUAUGAAAAAGAAUUAUCUGAUAUGGAAAUAGAAGCAGAAGCAGCUGGAGCUCUAGGACAGGUUGAGCCAAGAUUUAUUAGAUUGGGCUGUGUGGACUGCACAGUUUCUACAGCAGAAAGUUCUUGCACAAGUGAUUACCACCUUUGCACGUCUAUUGAACUUCAUUCUGGAGCUUAUAGUGUUGCAAGAAUUAAUGGCUGGACAGAAUUGAAUAAAAAUGUUUGGUCAUAUAGCGCACUUGAAACUGACUCAGAAAGCAAUGACCAAGGCUUAGGUUUAUGCUGUUUGAAUCUUGGCUAA